GAUGACGGAGCUGCUGGAUGUUUCUGACAAACACCGGGUGACAACAAACAGGAGUCUGCUGACAGGAGGACUCAGCACUUGAAGGAGGAAGUCCAGCGUUAAGAUAUCGGGCUGCAGAGCCCUGAAGAGAAACAGAAACAGACAUGAUCCCUUAUUCUCCCUGAGGAACUGACCAAUCAGCAGCCAGGAUGAUGCCCAAGCAGCUGGCUCAGACGUCUCCAGGGAGCGUGUUGUCACUGAGAGGCAACACUAUCCCAGGAUCCCCCGCUGCCGCCAUCGUGGCCAGGGUGGAGGACGGGGUUAUCGGCUACAAGGACUUGGCAGCGUUACCGAGAGACAAAGCCAUCCUGGACAUAGAGAGACCGGACCUGAUGAUCUACCAGCCGCACUACAGCUACAGUCCUCUGGAGAGGUCCUUGUCUCCUCGCUCCAUCUCUCCUCCUCCCUCUCCAGAGAAGGAGUCCAGGGAGUGGCUGGAGAACCGUUCUCCUGGAGGUUCCUCCCCUUGUUCCACCAUCCAAACCAGCAGAACACACAGCUCACACACACCGUCCACACCGCACACACCCAACACACCAAACACACCGCAAACACUCUCCUCUGGAGCAAAGAGCGCCCUGCACCACUUCCACAGGCCCGAAAACGGCUCAAACAUUUACAAGAAGCCUCCGAUCUACAAACAAGAGGUCUCGUCCUCUCAGGUCCCUCAGGGGAAACACAUCGAGGAUCUGAUCAUCGAGUCGUCAAAGUUUCCAGCAGCCCAGCCUCCGGACCCGAACCUGCCCUCCAAGAUAGAGACGGACUACUGGCCCUGCCCCCCCUCGCUGGCUGUGAUUGAGAAGGAGUGGAGGAAGAAGGAGCACAGGGAUGAAGACGAGGAGGAGGAUGGCGAGCUGGAUGAUGAGCUGUGGGGACUCAGAGCUCUUCAGAAACAAGAACUCAACAAGAUUCAGUCUAAUCUGGGGAAAAUCAUCCUGAAGGAGGAGCUGGAGAAGUCCUCGGCUCCUCUGAGGAGGAAAACUCGCUCACUGCCAGAUCGCAGCCAAAACACAGGGUCCAACGCCUCCAAGUCCGUGUAUUUCCCAGCAUCCUCUAAGACCGGCCUGUCCAGGCUUCAGUCGGCAGAGUUCAGCUCGUCAGAAAAACCUCCUGCAGAUCUUCAGAACGGAGACUCCAGGAUGGACCGAGGAAACUCUCUCCCCAGCAUGUUGGAACAAAAUAUCUUCCCCUAUGAGACGCUGGUGGUGACCCACAGAGGGCGGAGCAAGCUGCCUCCAGGUGUGGACAGAACCAGGCUGGAGAGACACCUCUCUCAGGAGGAGUUCUUCAGCGUUUUCGGGAUGUCCAUCGAGGAGUUCGACCUCCUCUCUCUCUGGAAGAAAAACGACCUGAAGAAGAAAGUCUGUCUCUUCUGACUGCACCCCCCCUUCCCCUCCCCCCUUCAGCUCUUCCUGGAUCCCUGCAGGAUCCUGAAACCACACAGACUCUGAACAUAGAACAUCACAAUCAGCACCGCCGCCAUCAUCGUCACAGGGGGGGGGCGCUCAGGUUUGAUGUGAUUCACGGUGAAGGUUUGAGGAGGAGACGCGGAGUGAGUUUAGGUUUCUGCUGCACACAAACUCCACCUGAUUCCGAGCAGAGCUUCUGUUUGAUAAGCUUCAGUUUCUAAAUGUCUGUGGAAAUGUUUUAUUGAUCAAACUGCAGAGCGAGCGCAACAAACAUCAGCUGAGGGAGCACAGAGCAGGAAGACAAAGAGCUUCAGCGUUUCUUUAAUUAGCUUAGUUUGGGAGUUUUGUUCACCUUGUAUGCAAACUAGAAAUGAAGGCAGACAAACUCUACACGCUGAAAUUCAUUUAGAAAGCAUUCCAGUGUCUAAAAACCUUAAAGAGGAAGAGAACAAGUUUUGGAAUUGCUCCUUUAGUUUGCUUCAAUUGGCACAUGAGCUGUGAGGUAAUCCCUGCAGACGCGUCCUCUGAAACACGACAGUUAAACACUGACGAACAAAAAGAUAAAAUAACUACAAGUGAUUUUUCUUAAGAUGACAUUCAUCCGUUCCUCGUGCUCUCAGUCGUUGUGGCAGAGGAAUCCUGGGAAAUGAAGUUCAGACGUUCCUCUCGUCGGAGGUUGAAUGUCAGUGCCACUUUUUUUUUAGCAUUUAAGGUUUCCGUAUGAGAUUAAAGAACAUAACACAGACCGUAUCUCCAUGAACAUUAUCUACUCCGGCUGUUUGAGAUUGAAUCCCGCCUCAAACUGAAGGAUUGAAGUUUUAUAACCAAGCUUCCAGCUGCAACCACAUUCCUGCUGACUCUGUGUCAGACUGAAACACAAACACGAAGCCGACUGGAGCAAUUAACCUGUUAGCGAUCCUUUUAAAGGGUUGCUCCUAUUGGCCAAGCCAGCUAUGAUGUCAUAAUGACGGCAUUUCUUACCCAGCACUUAAAGUCAAAACAAGGAGGCGGUUUGAUCACAGUCUGAUGUUUAACACCACAUCCACGAGCUAAUCAUGCUAAUCAUGCUAACUCCUCGUUGAGCCCUGAAAUGAUAUUUUCUCACGUAGUCAUUUUUAAACCGACGAGAUUAGGAGUUAAAAGCCAGCGUAUAAGCUCUACAAGACAAUAUAUAGCUAAAUGCUACAAGCUAACAAGCGCACAUGCAGGAUGCUAACACUGAUGUCUAGCUUUUUGUCUGAAACCAGAUACUAGCAUACUACCUACUGCACACUUCCUGCUAACCUCACUGUUAGUUAGCUGUUUAAAACACACGUCUUGCACGUCCUCUUCAAUCCGCAAGCUAAUCAUGCUAAUCAUGCUAAUCAUGCUAACUCCUCGUUGAGCCCUGAAUCGAUAUUUUCUCACGUAGUCAUUUUUAAAACCACCGAUUAGGAGUUAAAAGCCAGCUUUUAAGCUCUAUGAGAAUAUAUAUAGCUAAUGCUACAAGCUAACAAGCGCACAUGCAGGAUGCUAAUGCUGAUGUCUCGCUUUUUGUCUGAAACCAGAUACUAGCAUACUACCUACUGCACACUUCCUGCUAACCUGACUGUUAGUUAGCUGUUUACAACACACUGCUACACGUCCUCUUCAAUCUGAGCUCAUCAUGCUAAUCAUGCUAACUCCUCGUUGAGCCCUAAAUCGAUAUUUUCUCACAUAGUCAUUUUGAAACCAACGACAUUAGGAGUUAAAAGCCAGCAUAUAAGCUCUACAAGACUAUAUAUAGCUAAAUGCUACAAGCUAACAAGCGCACAUGCAGGAUGCUAACACUGAUGUCUAGCUUUUUGUCUGAAACCAGAUACUAGCAUACUACCUACUGCACACUUCCUGCUAACCUGACUGUUAGUUAGCUGUUUAAAACACACCUCUUGCACGUCCUCUUCAAUCCGAGCUAAUCAUGCUAAUCAUGCUAACUCCUCGUUAAGCCCUGAAUCGAUAUUUUCUCACGUAGUCAUUUUUAAUCCGACGAGAUUAAGUGUUAAAAGCCAGCGUAUAAGCUCUACAAGACUAUCUAUAGCUUCCUGCUAACCUGACUGUUAGUUAGCUGUUUACAACACGCUCCUGCACGACCUUUUCAAUCACAAAUUUCCCGUCUGAGCUAUCACGACAAGGCUAGCAUGUAAAAUUCAACACACAUCUAAAUGUGCUGUCUCUAAAGCUUCAUCGUUACUUGAACGGGGCUCUCAAGUCUCACACAUUGGCCGUGAGACACACGCAUUUCAACCUGUUCACAUGUUCACAUGCCACACUUUGUAUUUCUCACGCACAAUAAGUACUAGGACAACGACCACCAAGUUGCGCUGCUUUUCCUUCAGAAGGAGCUUGCCAAGCACCAGCUAAGAAAGGAAUAUGGCUACCCAACAGCCAAUCAAAAAAUAGUAACAACGUUACGUUCCAAAGAAAAGGAUGCACAUGCGCAAUGCAGACUGACCGCGGAUUCGCAGAUUAGAACAAGCGUUCAGUAGAGGUCUAAAAGAUUUGGGGCCACUGGAGUCCUGUGAGGUUUCAUCUUGUGCACUCAAGUUAUCAUCCUGUGUGAGGAAGAGAUAAAUAUUUUUAUGUGGGAACAAUUUAAUGUAUCUUGUGUGCACAAGAUAAAGAUGAUGACCUCUGCAGGGCUUCAGGGUUCUGGAGGAGAGACGACGGAGUCAAAAGAAACACCUAUAGUCCGGUUCAAACACACAGGAGAGAGAGGAUGUUUCACUUCACGUCAGGGAUCGGAUUAAACCUUCAGACCGCUCAGACUGUGAUCAAACUCCUCCUCGUUUCUUCUUUCUUCAGCAAAAGCCACUGCCCUGUUUUACCUAAGAACACUGCACACACACACACACAUGCACACACACAUGUACACACACAUGCACGCACACACCUGUGAGAGAUGUUUGCAGUUUCAAAGAACAAUAUGAACCAUGAAACCAAAAGCCCAGAGCAGAAACCCGUCUGAACUCUGAGCUCUGGUUCGUCCAAAACGCAGGUUGUAGACGUUCAGUGUUGCUUAGUGACCAAAUGAUGUGCAGCUAUUUUUUAGCCUACUUAGACCAGUGGUACGUUUGUUAAUAAAACUCUGAAUGAAAAAGAAAACUCAGUUUCAAAAAAAUAUCAACACAUGAAUGUUGGGAGGAGAAAACGACACAUUUCACCCUCUGAGGAGGCGACGAAGAGACGAAGGACAAAAAACUCUUACUGGACUUUUCUGAGGUGUUGGAACCAAAGGAGGACAGAGGCAUGAUGGGAAAAACUUGAGAUUUUACACCGACAUUUUUCACUGCAACACCAGACUUCAACAAAACACAGAGAACUGAAGUGAUGAAAACAAAGACAUCUUUGGAAAAGGACGAGUCGAGGAAGUUUAAAUAUCCAUCAGCAUCAUGUCAGACCUCGACUCACAAGGAGGACAACAAACUGAUUUCAAAAUCAAACUUCAGUCUGAUUGACAGAUUUAAAGGUACAGUGUUGGAUUUUAUAUUUCAGUGAAUUAAACUCACACAGUGAGCUUGGUUUAAUGACUGUAAACAGCUGAGACAUCCCUCGUAUGUUGUAUGUUGUAGUUCAUGAUUUCACCACUAGAUGUCACUGUUGUUAUUUUACACUACAAAUUAAUGAUCACCAUAUCAAAGUACUUUGUCAUUUUGAACUUUUUGUUGCUGUUUGUUGAUUAACGGGAGUUACGGCAGUUAUGAUUAGCCGUUAGCUUUCUGAGAGGCAAUGAGGCUAGCGGAAGUUAGCACUUGGCUGUUCACUGGUUGGCCAAACGGAGUGAAAAUGUCAUAUCUGCGACAAUAUUUUGAUCAAUUUGGACGUUACGGUCUACUAGGUAAGAUAUACGUUACGUCUCCGUGGUGAAACCAAACAACGACACAACUUAAGUUACAAACUAACUCAUUUCAACGUAUGUUUUAGUGACGACUUUACACCCUUACGUAGGACUCAACUUAUGCAGAGCUGGUGCAACAGGCCACAAACAAAGAUGGAUGUCCAUCAUAGCUUCAUAUCAAGAUAGGCAAAAAUUGGCAUCCAUGUUUGUUUUGCUUCGAACAUCAUUUACAAUAAUUGGUGGCCAGAAAUAAGCAAACAUGUUUUGUCCAUAUUUGUUUUGAUAGAAGUACCGUCAACAUUUGGCGUCAUUUUUUCAGUUUACCACAAGAAGAGGCGACCCAUGUCCUCCAUAACAAGCACUGAUCCAAGAGCUGGGAAUGGUUGACUUCCAAGUUUGUUUUGCAGCUAAAACUUGGUACUGAUGUUUGCUUCAAGAAAAACCAACAACACUUGGCGUGUGUUUAAUUUCUGCCCUUAGAGCAUGCUAUGUCUCUUCAAUAUAAGGACACAUUUGAUGGAAACCUACCCAUCAACAUGGUCAUUAAUAACCAGACCUCUCCCCACCUGUGCAGAGUCUCAGUGUUUACAGUCAUCAUUGUCACCGUUGUUUUUAAAUGAAGGUGAUUCAUUGAAGGUAAAAUCAAACUUGCAGCACCUUUAAAAUCAGAUUUCAGAGACUCAGUCCUGAGUUUAGUUUGAACAGUCAGGCUGAAUUCACUCUCACUGCAAAUGCCAAAAUCACCAACGCCACAUCCUGCGUCACACACCACCAUGUCUGCCUCGCCACCACACGCUUCCUGUAUCUGUGGAUAAAAAAAAAGACUUGAAAAAAGAAAAAAAAACAACACUGGAUGAAGAUGUGAGAUUUGUCAGUUGGAGUGAGCGAGCAUUGGUCACUUUACGUUGAUGAUUUCCUUUUUUUCUUUCUUUUGAUUUCUGGAGGAAUGAUUCUGACGCCGUUUGAUGAUACUGAGAGGAUUUAUGCUUUGUUCUGAUUGGCUGUGUGUAGUUAGAAACAGGAAGUGGGUUGCUGUGACUAACACCAUGAUGACACAAAGAUUGUUCCAUGUUUGAUUCUUUUUGUACAUUUCAAAGUGUUUUUUCUUUUUGUAUUGAAUUAUUUAAACACACAGGGUGACUUUGUGGAGGCAGGUCACUGUCAACACACCUGACGUUUAAACUGCUGCAUGCACAAUGUCCUUAUGAUGAUGUCAUAUUUUUAUUCAACUUUUAUUGAAGUGUAUUCAUAUAAAAACAGUUGCGGGAUCAGGUGGUCAGGUGCACAAAAUGUAUGCUCUGGAUUUGAAUUCAUGUUAUUUUUCCUUUUUUGCACUCUAAGGUCAGAUUGAGGUCAUACUGAGGUCAGAUUGAGGUCAGACUGAGGUCAGACUGAGGUCAGAUUAAGGCCAGGCUGAGGUCAGAUUGAAAUAAGAUUGAGGUCAGACUGAGGUCACACUGAGGUUAAAGUAAAGUCAGACUGAGGUCGGAUUAAGGCCAGAGGUCACAGUGAGGUCAGUGUAAAGUCAGAUUAAGGCCAGACUGAGGUCAGACUGAGGUCAGACUGAGGUCAGACUGAGGUCAGUGUAAAGUCAGACUGAGGUCAGAUUAAGGUCAGACUGAGGUCAGACUGAGGUCAGACUGAGGUCUGAGUAAAGUCAUACUGAGUUCAGAUUAAGGCCAGACUGAGGUCAGAUUGAGGUCAGACUCAGGUCACAUUGAGGUCAAAGUAAAGUCAGAUUGAGGUCACACUGAGGUCAGAGUAAAGUCAGACUGAGGUCAAUCUGAGGUCAGAGGUCAGUCCAGUUGAUGGUGACUCACCUGUCCAAAGCCGCCCUGCUGCUGUACAUACUCAACCACUGAAUGACGAAAUAAUUAGUGUUGUUGUUGUUUUCAUUUCUGGAUGCAGGUGAUGUAACAAAUGAAUGGUGAUGUGAAUGAUUAACCAUGAGUUACAAUAAAGAGCAUUUCUAUUUGCUUUGAAGAAA